AUGAAGCUCAUCAUCGUACUGCUUGCCCUAUUCCUGAGCUUCGGCACCAUUACCGCCCUCGCGAGGUCGUUCCCUGCAGAGGAGCCAAAGAAUUUGCAGAUGAACAGGCGUGAGAGAGAAUCUGGCGAGAAGUUUUGCAAGGCCGCAAUCAAGAGCAAGAAAGAAGAGUGCAGAUCACUGUCUGCGGGUCAGGAGAAGAAGAGGUGCAAGGCAGAGGUCGUCGAUCUAAAGGAACACUGCAAGUCCGGGGCAGAGGAACCCAAGAAGCAAAAAUGCAAGCCCUUGCCUGUCGGGAGCGGGGGACCGAGCCCUCAGGUGCAGGAGAAUGGGUGCCCAUAUGAGUAG